GGAGGUGGCUACCGCACAGGACCGAAAGCUGCAGAAGGUUGUAAAUUUACUCGGCUCUAUCUUGGGUACUAGCCUUUCUUAUCCCGAUCCAAAAACAUCUUCAAGCAGCGGUGUCUCCAGAAAGGCAGCAUUCAUUAUUAAGGAUCCCCAGCACCCAGGGCAUGCCCUUUUCUCACUGUUACAGUCAGGUAGGAGGUACAGAAUCCUAAAGGCACACACUCAGUGAUUCAGGAACAGCUUCUUCCCCUCUGCUAUCAGAUUCCUAAAUGGACAUUGAACUCCUGGACACUACUUCACUUCUUAAAUGUAUAUUAUUUCUAUUUUUGCAUGAUUCUUAAACUAUUCAAUAUACGUAUACAGUAAUUGAUUUACUUGUUUAUUUUUUUUCUCUUCCAUUUUUGGAUCGGAACAAGAAGGGCGGUGUGAGAGCUAAAUUCUGAAGGAAGGCAGUUUUUUUAAAAACUUCUUCAAGUACAAGAAGGGUGAGACUGCACAGGCGCGUGACAUAGACAGGACAGCACGGAAAGUUUAAAAAGAAGACAACCCUAUACAGCGGGCAGCGGAGUGAGUGGCAGCAGAGUGUAGGGCUUUGGCUCAACGGGCUUAGGCGGUAACAGGAAGAGGAAGAGUGAGGCACCAACUCUUUUUUUCCACCUUGGUGAAUCGGCCUGGACAGACGGAGGAACAGCAGGUCUCACACAUCUAACGGUUUAAAAUGUUUGUGUGUUUGGCGAGGCAAAUGGGUGAGUAGACUUAUUUUUCCUUGUUUCACUCCUGUAGAAUUAGGUAGCAUGUCUGCAGGGUUAGUACUUUGAUCAGGGUGUCAGAUGUGGGAAUCCUGGGAGACCUCCAGCCUCCCUGAUAGCCACAUCUGCACCAGGUGAACCGAGAUUCAGCUCCUCGGAGACCAUGUUAGGGAUCUGGAGCUGCAACCUACUGCUUAUUAAGGAAAGUGAAGAGGUGAUAGACAGGAGCUACAGCGAGGUAGUCAUCCCUAGGCUACAGGGGUCAGAAAACUGAGUGACUGUCAGCAGAAGGAAGGGAAAUGCCUGGAUAGUGGAGAGCACCCCUGUGGCUGCCCCUCUCAGCAACAAGUAUAUCAUUUUGGAUGCUGUUGAGGGGGAUGACCUGACGGGACGGCCAUGGUGACCGGGUCUCUGUCACUGAGCCUGGCGAUGUUGUGCAGGAGGGAAGGAGAGAGAAGAGGAAUGUGGUAGUCACAGUGGAUUCCAUAGACAGGGGAACAGACAGGAGAUUCUGUGAGCCUGAUAGAGAUACCCGCAUGGUGUGUUGCCUCCCAGGUGCCAGGGUACGGGAUGUCUCAGAUCGGGUCCAGAAUAUUGUGAAGGGAGAGGGCGAGCAGCCAGCUCUCUUGGUACAUGUUGGUACCAAUGACACAGACAGGAAAAGGGAGGAGGUCCUGAAGAGAGAUUUCAGGGAGUUAGGAAGGGAGCUGAGAAACAGGACAUCCAGGGUAGUAAUCUCAGGAUUGCCACCUGUGCCAAGUGCUAGCAAGGGCAAGAAUAAUAGGAUCAGGCAGAUGAAUGCGUGGCUGAGAGACUGGUGCAGGGGGCAGGGCUUCAGAUUCUGGGAUCAUUGGGAUCUCUUCUGGUGGAAGUAUGACCUGUUCAAAAAGGAUGGGUUUUAUCUGAACCCAAAGAGGACAAAUAUCCUGGCAGGAAGGUUUAAUAGAGCUGUUAGGGAGGGUUUAAACUAAUUUGGCAGGGGGAUGGGAACCGGAACAAUAGAGCGGAAGAGGGGGAGAAACAGAAAUAAAUCUAAGGUAGUGAGCAGUAAAGAUGUCAGGAAGGACAGGCAGGUGAUGGGGCAAAUUUGAAGCCACUGGGAUGAGUUGCAGUGCAAUAAAGUUACAGUGAAAUCAAAGCAGAAAGUACUAAAUACUGGACCUAAGGUGUUAUACUUAAAUGCACGCAGCAUAAGGAAUAAGGUGGAUGAUCUUGUCAUACAGCUACAGAUUGGCAGGUAUGAUAUUGUGGCCUUCACUGAGAUGUGGCUAAAGGAUGCACAUCUCUGAGAGCUGAACAUCCAAUGAUAUAAGGUGUAUUGGAAGGAUAGGCAGGUAGGUAGAGAGGGUGGCAUGGCUUUAUUGGUAAGAAAUUAUAUUAAAUCAUUAGAAAGAGGUGACAUAGGAUUGGAAGGUACAGAAUCUUUAUGGGUUGAGCUAAGAAAUCGCAGGGGUAAAAGGACCCUGAUGGCAGUUAUCUACAGGCCUCCAAACAGCUGCAGUGAUGUAGAAUACAAAUUACAACAGGAAAUAGAAAAGGCUUGCCAGAAGGGCAGUGUUAUGAUAAUUGUGGGGGAUUUUAACAUGCAAGUGGAUUGGGAAAAAUCAGGUCAGCACUGGAUCUCAAGAGAGAGAAUUUGUAGAAUGUCUACGAGAUGCCUUUUUAGAAUAGCUUGUUGUUCAACCCGCUAGGGGAUUGGCUGUACUGGAUUGGGUAUUGUGUAAUGAACCUGAGGAGAUUAGAGAGAUUGAGGCGAAGGAACCCUUAGGAGGCAGUGAUCAUAACAUGAUUGAGUUCACUGUGAAAUUUGAGAAAGAGAAGCCGAAAUACAAUGUGUUGGUAUUUCAGUGGAGUAAAGGAAAUUACAGUGACAUGAGAGAGGAACUGGCCAAGGUUGACUGGAAAGGGACACUAGUGGGAAGGACAGCAGAGCAGCAGUGGCUGGAGUUUAUGUGAGAAGUGAGGAAGGUGCAAGACAGAGAUAUUCCAAAAAAGAAGAAAUUUUUGAAUGGAAAAAGGAUGCAACCGUGGCCGACAAGAGAAGUCAAAGCCAAAGUAAAAGCAAAGCAGAGGGCAUACAAGGAAGCAAAAAUUAGUGGGAAGACAGAGGAUUGGGAAGUUUUUAAAAGCUUACAAAAGGAAACUAAGAAGGUCAUUAAGAGGGAAAAGAUAAAUUAUGAAAGGAAGCUAGCAAAUAAUAUCAAAGAGGAUACUAAAAGCUUUUUCAAGUAUAUAAAGAGUAAAAGACAGGUGAGAGUAGAUAUAGGACCGAUAGAAAAUGAUGCUGGAGAAAUUGUAACACCAGGAGCACCGGAAACAGUAGAUGACCCUAACAGACUCACAGUUCAAGUGUUGCCUCACCUGGAAGGAUUAUUUGGGAACUUUUCUUGCAUCUAGUGCAGACUUGAGUGAGGUUUUAGCCUAAUGAAUCAACUCAAAAACAAGCUGAGGAACCGUUUAGGUGAAUGUCAUUUGAAUAUGUUAAUGAGAAUCAAAAGCUAUCAAUUGGAUGGAAGUUCUAUUAGCCUAGAUAGAGUUUACAAAGAAUGGGUAAAUGCCAAAGACAGGAGAGAGAAAAAAAAAAUAACUGAGUGACUUAAGUAUGUAAACACAAGGAAAUCUGCAGAUGCUGGAAAUUCAAGCAACACACACAAAAUGCUGGUGGAACGCAGCAGGCCAGGCAGCAUCUAUAGGGAGAAGUACCGUUGACGUUUCGGGUCGACACCCUUCAGCAGGCUUGGAGAAAAGAAGAUGAGGAGUAGAUUUAAAAGGUUGGGGGGGGGGGGAGAAACACCAGAUGAUAGGUGAAACUGGAAGGGGGAGGGAUGAAGUAAAGAGCUGGGAAGUUGAUUGGUGAAAGAGAUACAGGGCUGGAGAAGGGGGAGUCUGAUAGAAGACAGAAGGCCAUGGUAGAAAGGAAAAUGGCCAUGGAUUGACAUAUUGGAAUGGAAUGGGAGUGGGAAGUGGAAUUAAAAUGGGUGGCCACUGGGAGAUCCCGCUUCUUCUGGUGGACGGAGCGUAGGUGCUCGGUGAAGCUGUCUCUCAAUCUGUGUUGGGUCUCACUGAUAUACAGGAGGCCAUACUGGGAACACUGGAUACAGUAUAUGACCCCUACAGACUCAUGGGUGAAGUGUCGUCUCACCUGGAAGGACUGUUUGGUGCCCUGAAUGGUAGAGAGGGAGGAGGUGUAGGGGCAGGUGUAGCACUUGUUCCGCUUGCAAACAUAAGUGCCAAGAGGGAGAUCAGUGGGGAGGGACAAAAGGAGAAAGAAGUCAUAUAUGGAGUGAUUCCUGUGGAAAGAAAAAGUGGGGAGGGGGUAGGCAAAGAUGUGAUUGGUGGUGGGAUCCAGUUGGAGAUGAUGGAAGUUGCAGAGAGUUAUGUGAUGGACGAGGAGGCUGGUGGGGUGGUAGGUGAGGACAAGAGGAACCCUAUGCAUGGCAGAGUGGUGGGAGAAUGGAGUAAGAGCAGAUGUGCUUGAAAUGGAAGAGAUGCAGUUGAAGGUAGUGUUGAUGGUGGACGAAGGGAAGCCCCUUUCUUUGAAAAAGGACAUCUCCUUUCAUUCUAGAAUGAAAAGCCUCAUCCUGAGAGCAAAUGUGGAGGAGACAGAGGAAUUGAAAGAAGGGGAUGAGGCAGGGUGGGAUGAGGUGUACUCCAGGUAGCUUUAAGAGCCCGUGGGUUUAUAAUAGACAUCAGUAGAUAAGCUGUCUCCAGAAAUAAACAUAGUAAAGUUAAGAAAGGGGAGGGAGGUGUCAGAAAAGGGCCAGGUGCAUUUGAGGACAGGGUGGAAAUUGGAGGCAAGGUUGAUGAAGUCAACUAGCUCCGCGUGGGUGCAGGAAACAGCACCAAAGCAGUCGUCGGUAUAGCAUAGGAAAAGUGGGUGAUGGACACCAGCGUAGGCUUGGAACAGACUGUUCCACAUAGUGGACAAAAAGGCAGGCAUAGCUAGGACCCACGCAAGUGAUUUCCCUUGGCUACACCUUUAGUUUGAAGGAAGUGAGGAGGAGCCAAUGGAGGGUGAGGAUAGACGGAGGAGAGUGGUUCUGAAGGGUAACUCGUUGGUUCUGGUGUCCAGAAAGAAACGGAGAGCUUUGACGCCUUCUGGUGGGGGAUGGCGGUGUAUUGGAACUGGACGUCCACAGUGAAAAUAAGAUAAUGAGGGCCAGGGGGGAAUUUAAAAUCAUCGGAAAGAUCUGACCAGGCGCCGAUCUCUGGCUGACCCGCCCCCCGGUUGGUUUGCGGGGCCAAGGCACCAAUACCGGAAAUUACCGCGCGAGGCGGGGCCGCAGCGGCUGCGGUGCAUGCCGGGACACGGUGCCGCCAUGUUGCCUGCCGGCAGCGCGCUGAGGCUGAGCCGGGCGCUGGCUGAGGUGGCGAAGCGAAGCGGCGACGAGGAGCGGCGGCUCCGGGAGAAUCGGGGACGGUGGAGCGGGACCGUCCAACCCGGGAAGGGCCAUGCUGCAGACAUCCUCAAAAAGGAAGGAGUUGCCACCAACAAGACGGAAGAACAUUCAGAGAGCUCUGGACAGGUCUGUGGUAGAGAUGAGCUGCAGGAGCUGGAAGUGUUGAAUAAAGCACUAGCUAAAGCCUUUCGAAUACGACAGACACACAGCAGAAGGCUGGAGGCAGAGCUGAUGCAUGUGGGCAGUCCUGCAAGCAGCACCACGGUGAUGGACAGAAGCUCAACAAAGGUGGCCAGGAGCGAUUCACCAGGCAUUACUCAUGGGUCAGCCAGUGUAAAGGUGGGUACUCGGGUGGUACCUUCACGGAGUGGUCUGGCAGAUGGGCUCAACGGGAAGAGGACUACAGCGCAUUCUGCCUCCUCCAGGAAACCGGUGGCUGUUGCGUUGAAAGCUCCAUACAAAACCGAGCAGGUGGGGAGGAGGUGGUCCAUUGCAGGACAUGCUCCUCAGUGCUCUUUGCAAAGACGGCCACGAGCACAGGGAGUCAUAGCCGCACAGCAUCCAGUUCAAAGGUCAGGAGAUGGAAUCCUCUCUGUAAACCCCACCCUGAGGACAUUCCGAGGCCAAGUACAGACCCCUGCAGACCCAGACACCGGUUCCGCUGCACCAUUUCCUCUUGUUAAGCAGCAAACUGAGAAAAGUACUAAAGAGCCACCGAAGGCAAGUGUUUGCAAAGGGGACGAGCUGCAGACUGACAUCUCUAUUGUGGAGAUCCCCAGAGUAAUCACGCUUCAAACAAGCAGGUCUUCACUGCAGCUUCCAGCAACAUGGAGAAAGCAACGCAGCCGAAACACACGCUUGUGGGACAAAGUGUUCAAGAGCAAAGCCGUUACCAUUCAGGGGAGGACCCACUUCAUGGAAAGGAUCCAGUCAGCCUUCCAUUCACAGUUUCCAUCUGUGAGUAACGCGGAGAUUGAAGAGCGAUUAGACCACAUCUCUGAUCUGUACCAGUGCAUCAACCAGUACAUGUACACAGACUCUCUGCUCAAUUCCAUCGAUACUCUCAGUUGUCAGCGGGAAUGUGAGCGAGAGGAGGCACUGGACAGAUGCCAGGAGACUCUAUCUAGCCUACUUCACUGCAUUCAGCAGUUAAGAGAUGGUGCAGGACCCUGGAUGAAAGUUGGGAUGUGCUGGAGACCGGUGUUUAGAACUUGUGGAAAUGCCAGCAGUGAGAGUGUGCCACUGUUGCUCUAUUCCAGUCUAGAGGAGUUGAAGGAACUGGAGUAUGCCAGGUUUCAGGUGCAGACUCUCCAACAGCAGAUCCACAUUCAAAUGGUCCUGAUGGAGGAGUUGCUUCCCCUCAUGUCUGCACAGCAGCCCCCACCACACCUGUAUCGAGCAGUCUAUUCCUUACUGUGUGACGGGGGACAGCACUUCCCUGCAUUAGUGUUGGAUAAUGUGACUGACUAACAUCCUAACACCAGUCGGUUCCCAGCGGAGUUGGCAUUUCUGAUCCACCAACUGACCAAAAGACCUGUGGACGGACCCACUGAUGCACCAACAGAUUAACCAAUGCCACUGGCCGAUCCAUCAACCCACAGACUACCAACAGACCAAGCUAUGGACAAAGCCAACUCAUGGACCUGCUGCAGUGUGAAAGGGGGGACAGAGGCUAGGGGACGUGAGCAACAGGUCAGGCAACACCCAUGGGGAGGGGUGUGGGAAACUUCUCAGACAGAUGGAGGUUUAUAGCCAGGGGUUUGUGCCUGUCACUUGUGUCAGAGAGGUCAUAUGUUCAAAGAUCAACCUGGAUCAGCAGGAUUCACUCAGCCCAUUCAUCUGCACCACAGAGAGGGGUGUUGCUGCCCAGACCCCACAGAAUCACCGGCUUUUGGACCGUGUGCAGCUGUCAUCCUGCUGGAUCAUCCCCACCCCACGUAGCCCAUUCACCUGCUCCCUGGGGAGGCCCACUGUUCCCUGAAAUCUCCCACUGUACCAAUUGUAACCAGAUGCACUCUCUCCAAGGACACCCAGGCUCUGCUGUUAAAGAAUAGCAUCAGAUCAGUAGAAAGAUGUGACAUAGGAUUGGAAGAUGUUGAAUCCUUGUUGGUUGAGUUAAGAAAGUGCAAGGGUAAAGGGACUCGGAUGGCAUUUAUACAGGCACCACAGAUUGCAACAGGAAGUAGAAAAGACAUUUCAGAAGGGUAACGUUAUGAUGGUCAUAAAAGAUUUCAACAUACAGGUCAAUUGGGAAAAUCAGGUAGGAAAUGGAUCUCAAGAGAGUGAGUUUGUUGAAUGCCUAUGAGAGCAGUUUGUUGUUGAGCCUGCGAGGGGAUCAGCUAUACUUAAACAGGAAAUGAUUAGGGAGCUUAAGAUGAAAGAACCCAUAGGAGGCAGUGAUCACAAUAUGAUUGAGUUCAAUUUGAAAUUUGAUAGGGAGAAAGUAAAGACUGAUGUAGCAGUAUUUCUGUGGAGUAAAGGAAAUUACAGUGGUGUGAGAGAUGAGUUGGCCAAAAUAAAUUGGAAGGAGUUGCUGGCAGGGAUGACAGCAGAGCAGCAAUGGUGUGAGUUUCUGGAAAAAAUGAGGAAGGUGCAGGAUAGAUGUUAUCUAAAUAUGAAGAAAUACUCAAAUGGCAAAAUAGUAAAAUCAUGGCUGACAAGGGAAGUCAAAACUAAUGUAAAAUUAAAAGAGAGGGCAUAAACAAAUCAAAAAUUAGUGGGAAGACAGAGGAUUGAAAACCCUACAGAGGGUAACUAAAAGAAUCUUUAGGAGUGAAAGAACGAAAUAUGAAAUCAAGCUAGCAAACAAUAUCAAAGUGGAUAGUAAAAGUUUUUACAAGUAUGUAAAAAAAUAAGAGAUGAGAGUGGAUAUAGGACAGAAUGUAGGCCGGAGUAGUAAUAGUGGUGGGCAAGGAGGUGGCAGAUAAGCGAAAUGAAUAUUUUUCAUCAGUCCUCACUGUGGAAGACACUAGCAGUGGGCCAGAUGUUGAAGGGUGUGAGGGAAGAGAAGUGAGGCAGUUACUAUUUACAAGGGAGAAGGUGCUCAAAAAGCUGAAAGACCCAGGGUACAUAAAUCACCAGGACCAGAUGAACUGCAUCUGAGGAUUUUGAAAGAGGUAGUGCUAGAGAUGAUGGAGGCUUUUGCAAUGAUCUUUGUAAAAUUAUUGGACUCUUGCAUGGUGCCAGAGGACUGGAAAAUUGGAAACGUCAGUCCACUCUUUAAGAAAGGAGGAAGGCAACAGAAAGGAAAUUGACCAGUUAGCCUGAUCUCAGUGACUGGGAAGAUGUUAGAGUCAAUUGUUAAGGUUGGGUCUAUGGAGCACUUGGUGACACAGGGCAAGGUCAGCAUGCUUUCCUUGAGGGAAAAUCUUGCCUGACGAACCUGUUGGAAUUCUUUGAGGAGAUUACAAGUAGGAUGGAUAAAGGGGAUGCAGUGGAUUUUGUAUAUUUGGACUUUAAAAAGGUCUUUGACAAAGUGCCACACAGGCUAUUUACCAAGUUAAGAGCCCAUGAUGGCAUUACAGGAAUGUUACUGGCAUGGUUAGAGCAUUGGCUGAUUGGAAGAGGCAGCGAGGUGCAAUAAAAGGAUCCUUUUCUGAUGGCUGCCAGUGACUAGUGGUGUUGCGCAGGAAUCAGUUUUGGGACCGCUUCUUUUUAUGCUGUAUAUCAGUGAUUUAGGUGAUGGAAUAGAUGGCUUUGUCGCCAGGUUUGCAGAUGAUACGAAGAUUGGUAGAGAGGCAGGUGGUGUGGUGUUGAAGAAACAGGUAGGCUGUAGAACGACUUAGACAGAUUAGGAGAAAGGGCAAGAAAAUGGCAAAUGAAAUACAAUGUUGGAAAAUGCAUAGUCAUGCACUUUGGCAGUAUUAAUAAAUAUGCAGGCUGUUUUCUAAACAGAGAAAAUCCAAAAAUUCUGAUAUGCAAAAGGACUUAGGAGUCCUUGUGCAGAACACCCUAAAUGUUAACUUGCAGGUAGAGUCAGUGGUGAGGAAGGCAAAUGCAAUGUUCGCAUUCAUUUCAAGAGGUCGAGAAUAUAAGAGCAGGAAUGUGAUGCUGAGGUUUUAUCAGGCAUUGGUGAGGCCUCACCUUGACUAUUGUGAACAGUUUUGGGCUGCUCAUUUAAAAAAAGAUGUGCUGGCAUUGGAGAGGAUUCAGAGGAGAUUCACAUGUAUGAUUCUGGGAAUGAAAGGAUUAUCAUACAAGGAGCAUUUUAUAGCUCUGGGUCUGUAUUGCUGGAAUUUAGAAGAAUGAGGGGUUAUCUCAUUGAACCCUUUCAAACAUUGAAAGGUCUGGACAGAGUAAAUGUGGAAAGGAUGUUUCCCAUAGUGGAGGAGUCUAGGACAAGAAGGCACAGCCUCGAGUGUUCAUUUAAAACAGAGAUGGCAGAGAAAUUUCUUUAGCCAAAGUGUGCUGAAUUUGUGGAAUUUGUUACCACAGGCAGUUGUGCAGGCCAGAUCAUUGGGUGUCUUUAAGACAGAGCUUGAUGGGUUCUUAAUUGGACACGGCAUCAAAGGUGAUGGGGAGAAGGUUGGGGAAUGAGACCAAGGAGAGGGAAAACAGAUCAGCCACGAUUGAAUGGUGAAGCAGACUAAAUGAGCCAAAUGGACUAAUUUUGCUCCUAUGUCUUAUAUGUCUUACGGAACGUAUCCCUGGAAAGGGGGCAUUCAGUCAGCCGGCUCUGGCAGAGCCCUCGACUGUCUGCUGCUUGGAUUUGUGAAUGGCCAUCUUGGCUAGACCCAGGAGCAAGCCCACUCUCUGAGCGACCUCUUGCAUUCUAUAUAUACAUGGUAAACGGACUCCUCUCAGUCACAGAGUGGACAGGUGGGCGGGGUGUCAGUGAACCUGCUUAAAAACCUGUUGCAAAGUACUGUCCAAUGCAACACCUUCCACCCUGGGCCCCCGAUAUACAGGGGAAAGACCACAGUAUGAAGAGAUUUCCACUAGGGACCUCCCCUACCACCAGAUGGUAAAACAGACUGCCACAGUGAGUCUGGUUGGCAGGCAAAGGCAAAGAAGUGAAAGGUGUGCAAGAUUAGCCCAUACAAAAGUGAGCAAUUCUGGCUGACCAGGUGCUAACACAGCCAGAACUUCUACCCAUUCCUGAGUUUCCUCAACACCUUCAUGAUAGGAUGGAGACCAGUCUCCCUCACAGUCAGAGCACCAUGCCCCGCCUGCCCAGAAGCACCCUGAUUGGAUGUAACUAAACUCUAUACCUGCUGCAGCUGAUGCUUGCAGCUGGAGAAAAUGAGCCACCAGCACAUGCCAUCUCAGAGGGUGCUUUGUGUACAGGCAUCUGCUGGGUGCUCUCAGAUGGGUAUGUAACAAUACACCUGUGACUGUCCAUCCUCCACAAAUGGAAGACUCAGGACUGCAGCAGAAACCCAAUGCCUCCUAAUGCCCCAAAGAAACCCACCAGCCUUCUUUGGAUCCUGGAGACAAAACCAGUGGGUGAGACCAAAGUGACCAACCGGUGACAGAUCAUGGAGGCAACCAGCUGAUUUAUUACCAGGUAUGAAUUUGUGUAAAGUAGGCCUGACCAGCAUCCCAGAUGGGAAGAGACUUUUGUCUCUAAGUCCCACCAGUUCACAGGCCAGGGCUCCUCAGUGGAGCUCAAGUGCACCCCCCAGGAGAGGAGGUGCAUGGUGCUCCAUGCCAAGGGUUUUAAUCCCUCCAGCAGGGAGUCUACCCACCCAGAGGCCAGCACACUUUUCCCAUUUGACGCUUGCAGAGGACGUAGCCGAAAAGAUCUGGCAGUCUCACAUCAUCUGCAAGUCAACGGGGUCAGUAACCAAGAGGAGGACGUCAUCAGCGUAAACUGAAAGGACGACCUCCAUGGCUGGUUUGUUAAAACCAAACCCAUCAGUCUCUUCCAGAGAAGGCUCAGGAAUGGCUCCACGCAAACAGAGUACACGGGGCCACUCUGACACAACCCUCCCAAAGCUCAAGGGUGCUGUUAAGAAGGCACUCCGCAGCAGCAUAUAACAGUUGGGUGCGUGCAGAGUUUCUAAAAGGUACUCAUGGUCCACCCUGUCAAACAUCUUUUCCUGGUCAAGGGGAGACAAAGACGACUGACAGAUUGGCCUCUGGGGACAGGUGAAUUACCCCAACCCCCACUCAACACAAUCAGGGAGUGCAGAGAUGUUUCCCCAGACUGCCCCUUCCCCCCAGAGAUUACUACUGGAUUACCCCUAUCCCUACCCACUGCCACCCUGCCAAAUCACCCCUACGGUGUGUAGAGCAUAGUAAGCCUCCGCUGCCCUGGGUAAAAGUGGGUGUACAUGAUUUUCUGGCACAAUAACAUACUGUGUCUCUGUGACAGCAGAGGCAGAGAUCACAAUCAUUUCCACACACUACUGUAACUGCACAAUAUUUGUAAUUGGAAUCAACAAUAGCUAUUGUGUUCACUUUUGUACAGUCAACUUUUAUUAAUAAUCAGCUAUGGUGCAUUUGUGCUAUGUCUGAGUGAGUGUGCAUAUGUCUCUGUGACCAUGGUUGUGACAGAUGUCCUGAAGUUUGUUUUUUUGUAACAGCAAUACAUUGCAAUAUGUAAAAUAUAUUAUAAAUAGAGAAAUAUAAAUCUGAAGUUCAAAUUUAUUGUCAUUCAACUGUACACAUUUAUACUGCAAACGAAACAACAUUCCUCCAGACCAAGGUGCACAACACCUAUAUAUAACUCACACACAACACACAAAAUAAUAAUUUUAGUUCCUGAUGUUUACAGUUACUGUUCUAUAGAUUUGCCUAGUCUGCCUGCAGAAAAGAAUCUGAGGGUUGUAUGUGGUGAUGUGUAUGAACUUUGAUAAUAAAUUUUACUUUGUAUAUUACCACAAAUAAAUUAACAAAUAAUAAGCUGCA